CUCGGCUCUGAUUAACCUGAUGAGCUUAAAGUCUUAUAUGUAAAUGCGUGUGUGUGUGUGUGUGUGUGUGUGUGUGUAAUGCACUUUACAUGACCAUCUGUGUGUGGUAAAGAAGAGAGAGGGAAGAACCCCCCCCGCCCCUCAAUCUGUCUUAUCCUCUCAUCUCCUCAGCAGUGCAAGCCCUGGCAGUCGGCUCACUCCACGAGUUGCAGGUGUCGUUCCUGCUCCAUUUCACCACUAAACUCUGAGGAGGAGCCUUGAAAUGACUGAAGAAACUAACACAUGAUGCUGGACGGAGAAUUCUAGAGGACCUACGCUCCGACUACAGAGAUUACUUAUGGAUUUACACUUUGGUGUUCGCUUUUUCUCCUGACUCGCUUUUCUUUAAAGAAAGAGAACUUUUACAUUUUCCUUGAGUGACGUUAAAUUAAAAAAUGGGCUGUUCUCCAUCCAAAGGAAAGUUCUUUUCAAAGCCAGAAGGCCCAGGACUUCACAAGGCUCUGCUGGCUGAACCAUCACAGCACAACGUUGAUUCUAGACCUGUACAGGAGGUGAACAAAUGUUUGGACACCGAUGAGAAAGAGAAUGAACUUCCACUACCCACUGAAGAAAAUCCUGCUAAAGAUACUGAAUGGUCUCAGCUGGCCUGCGACACAGCUGCCCAAAAUACAGAGGGCGUUCCAGAAACAGGGGAGAAUGUGGUCCCCCAAGAAACAGUCAGCGAGGUCGUACAGACAGAGAAAAUCAAAAAGACAGAGAAAAGAAAGAAAAAUAAAGGCAAGAAGAGGUCUGCUGAGAAGCUGAGGAAGUCCUCUAUCAUUCAGACAAAGGUUGACCUCCCUCCACACAUGGUGAGGGCUCACCAGGCAGCCUAUGCCUUUCUGAACCCUAAUAUCUCCAAAUAUGAAACCCUGCUGGGCCUCCUGGACCAGUCUGCCCAGACGCAGUUGUCCCUCCAGCCCAUGAUGUCUGCUUUGGUGUUGCGCUUUGAGGAGAUCAACCAGGCUCUGGAGGAGAUGGCUGAGGAGGGGGAGCUGAUGAUGAAGGAGCACGGGGACUACAUGGCCUUGCCUUCUGGGAUGAUGGGCCCAGCUGUUAUGCUAGCUAAACUUAGCAACAACACUGACACGGCCAACUGCCCGGAUCCACCCCCAGAUCUUCUGCAGCGACUGCUCCAGCAUUCGACAGAGAAAAUGAGGCUUGUGGGAGGCUCGGUUCAGGCGCUGGGCGACACCACACUGGAGGAGGCUGUGGAAUAUUUUUCUUCCCUCUCUAAACUGCUGGUUGAGAAGCUGCAGGCCAAGCAGGCGGCAGAGCAGAGGCUGGCUCUUGUGCUGGCACAGGUGGAGGGAGCUGCCAUGAGGAAGUCUAACCCCGAGGAUUCGGCGCUGCACAGUGAAGACAGCGGUAUUGGGGGAGAGAAUGAAAGUCUGACGGGGUCUGAGAGGCACCGCCGCCACCGCGGGAGUUCUGGAUCUGGAAGUUGUGGGUCUGGAGUCAACAUUCGUAAUUUACCAAGCCUUGUGGGUCAUAACGAAGAUGAUGAAGAGGACGAGGAGGAGGACGAUGAUGAUGAUGAUGAAGAAGAGUAUGAGGAUGAUGAUGGUGAUAGGCCUGGAAGAAAGAGGUCAAACUCUUCCCCACCAGAUCCCAGUCAACCUCUUCUCUACAUGCAUGAAAGUUACAAACAGGACCGGCAGCCUGCAGUUAAACGUCCCCUGACCGCCAUCACCGCGAACAAGCCCGAACACUCCUCCUCCUCCAGAUGUGUGAACAUAGUGAUGGAGCUUCAGAAGAGCCAGAGAGACUUGAAUCAGCAAAUGAAAAAGAUGGCUGAAAUCCGAGGAAACAGAGCGUUAGUGGGGCCUCAUUAUAAUCUGUAUAGAGCUGGACUAAGACGGCAUUCAUUAAGUGGAUCAGCAGGUGCACAAAGAGGCCCCAUGAGAACAAAUCAAUCACCUUGUAGCUUACCAAUGUUAGCACCCCAACCACCCAGGCGCCCCUCUGUCAGAAGGCUAAUAAAUACCUUUAGCCAUGGGGUCGAUGGUAGACCAGGGCAGAGUCUUGCUAAUAUUCCACCUCAUAUCAGGAGGCCCAGGAAAAGUCUGGUAUCUGACACAGUAAAUGGGAAUGAGGGGGGUUUAGUCGUCAAUGGCAACAACAACAACAACAGCUGGCCUGACGGCAGGGACGACCUCGACGUAGACAACCUACCACCUCCACCCCCAGAGGUUCUGAUGGACAACUCCUUCCAGAGAACUGAGGGAUUACCGGGUCAUGAGGAAGAUUCGGCUCGGAGUCUCCCAAUGAUAAACCAAAGAACUGGAGUCUCCCAGCGCCUGAGGACAUCUGUGCAGAAUGUAGAGGUGCUGCCAAACCGAGCCAGCAUGAGGCCAAAAUCCAACAGUAUCUCAUCUGCCCGUCCUGUCAGGCAGGAUGCUGUUAUGGGGGCACAAGAUGCAGAGCAGCAACCAGAAACUGAUGUGGAUCCAGACCUGGAGAAGGCUAACUGUCUCUACCAGCAGGCACGCAAGAUCAUUCACCUGCGCAAUGCAGCAGAAUCUCUUGACAAGAGAACUAAUGCAGACCUGAGUGGCCAAGGGCCUUCAACCCUUCAAGCCAGAACAGGCCAGAGGUGUGAAAGCAUUGACUUUUGUGAAGGUGAGAUGUCCUCUUGCACCCCGCCUGUGACAGCACCACCCGUCUCUAGAGUCCGCUUACCCCCGUCUUGCCCCUCCGUGCGCCACAGAUUUCCAAGCCCUCCUGUGUUCAGACCUCAGUCCACCUCUAAGCCCUCAUCUCGUCCAAGUUCUCCAAGAACUGUAACACGUGCCACAGAUAACAACACUGAGGAGAUUGUGCCAUCUGUGUCCUUCAAAGACGCCCGUUCAGUCUUCUGUCGAAACGAGUCACACCACUCUCAGACCAGCCUCUCCUCUGGAAGACCGUGGGGAGAGGUCUCCAGAGGCAGGCUGCCCUCAAGAGGGACAGACAACUCUACCCGUCGCACCCAGUCAGAGCAGAGACCCGGUUUGACUUCCCAUUCCGAAUUUUCCAAAGAUGGCAGCUCAGCUUCUGCUCAGGCCAAGGGAAGUGAGCCGGUCUCUACAACAUACAGGCCGGGAAGCCCUCUGAUGACGGGAGAAAACACCCAGUCGGAUCCAAGCACUGCUGACACAACGGCCUAGAACCCAGACGUGAUUGGCCAGGGUUUCUAAAGUGAAACAUCAUGUGGGAAGAGAAUGGAGAAAGGGAUUAUGGAUUAGCAGGAUUCUCAAGUUUAGCCCCUUUCUCUUUUCUCUCCUGUCCUAACAAACAAGUCUUAUUCCAAAAGUGGGUUUUAGAUGUUUUAUAUUAAUUCAAGUGGUUAUUAAGGCCUGAACAUUUUUCUCUGAUUGACUUCUGAAGGCAUUAUUAUUAUCUGUCUUUCAGUUUUAGAGGCAUAUUUAAUCUAUACUGAAUGUAAAAUCUAUAAUCUACAUUGAAUUUGUCCAAAGUUAAAUAUACAUGUAAAAAUGUUGCUAUGGCAACCAUUGGCAACCCUAAAUGUCCAUUUAGUUCACUGUCGAGGCUAAGAGCUUGGGAUUUGGACGUUCUAUUGGCUGCUAUAACCAAAAUUGAAGUGUACGCCUUUCAGUUAAAUAAUUAUUCAUUUUAACUUUUUUUUCUUUAUUUUGUCUUUGGAUGGUUUGUAAUAGCUUCGUAUCUGUGUUAACAUGUUUUCUACCUGGAUUGUGUCGCAAUAAAAGAGA